UUUUAUUAUUGCCAAACCUUACUUCUUAUGUCCUCCCUUAUAUAUAUACACAUUUUGAAACUAUAUAUUAUACACAUCUCAUUGCAAAUAAAAAUACAUAUACAUACAUACAUUCAUACAUAAAUUAUUAUUAUUCUUCAUCUUCUUCACUUUGGACUUAUAAAGAAGCUAAUUAAGAUCGAUUAAUUAGUGAUUAAGAAAGUUAAAGAUGGGUUUAAGAGACAUUGGAGCAACACUUCCUCCUGGGUUUAGAUUUUAUCCAAGUGAUGAAGAAUUAGUUUGUCAUUAUCUUUACAAAAAGAUUGCUAAUGAAGAAGCUCUUAAGGGUACUUUGGUUGAAAUUGACUUGCAUACUUGUGAGCCAUGGCAACUUCCUGAGGUGGCAAAGCUCAACACUACAGAGUGGUACUUCUUCAGCUUUCGUGACCGCAAGUAUGCCACGGGCUUCCGCACCAAUAGGGCGACGACAUCUGGCUACUGGAAAGCAACGGGUAAGGAUCGGGUUAUACUUGAACCUAGGACCCGGGAAACUGUUGGAAUGAGGAAGACUUUGGUUUUCUAUAAAAACCGGGCUCCGAAUGGGAUCAAAACGGGUUGGAUCAUGCAUGAGUUUCGUUUGGAGAGUCCACAUAUGCCUCCUAAGGAAGACUGGGUGUUAUGUAGAGUUUUCCACAAGAGCAAGAGUGAAGAAAACAACAAUAAUAAUAACAACAACCAAUGCCAACACACAUAUGAACAUAACACCACCACCACUUCACCACCUACUUGCUAUACAUGCCAACAACAAACAAACUCUUCAUCAAAUUAUUCUCAUCCCAUUAUUCUUCCUCCUCAUCAAGAAUCAUCAAUAAUUCUUACUAACAACAAUCCAAACAACAUCAUCAAUAAUCUAAUUACGACUUCGCCCUCGUCGUUAAACCCUAUUAUCCCCAUGAGCUACUCUUGGAGUGAUUUAGUGAGCUCAAGUGUGAAAAAUGAUGAAGAUGAAUAUGGUGGUUUAUUGUGGGACAUUGAAAUGGAUGAAGAUCAAAGUAGCAAGUUGGGUGAUAAUAAUGGAGAUUUGCAUAAUGUUCCUCCUAGUUGUUGUCUUCCUCAACUUGGGUUUGGAGAUGUCAGAUUUGAUCAGGAUGAUUGUGGUGUUGUUUUCUUUUGAUAUUAUUAUAUCAUUAUUAUUUUCUCAAUUUACUAACAAAAAAUGGGAAAAAAGAAAAAAAAAAUUGAAGAAAAGAUUGGGGGAAAAGGACAUAGUAUUUAGAAGAAAACUACACCACUAUUUUGUUGAUUUGUGGAUGUUAAUUAAUUUGUGUGAAGUUUGGUGUAUUAAUUAAUUACUAGCUAGACGUACUAUUGUUUUUGUUUAGGUAUUAAAGGAUUUUUAUUGUUAUACCAUAAUUAAUAUGGUAAUUAAUAGGGUUUAGGGUUGUGGUCUACAUAUUUUUAUGAAUAUAUAGUGGUCAUUGUAUAAAUAUAUACAUGAAUAAUGUAUGUACUUUUACCUCUUGUUUGAAUGAACACAUAUAUUUGUACAUUUAUAUUACUUUUUAUUCAUA